AUGGAAGGCGACAAGGACUGGGGGCCCCGCCCCGUCGUCACUUUCUUCCAGCCCAGGUCGGACCAGGAGCUCGUGCUUUUCAGCUUGUUCGGGGGCAGUGAAACAGCUUUGAAGAGGUUUUUACCCAAGAGCCACGUUCCUAAUGUGAUCAUUCAUGACAACACCAGUGUUCAGCGAAUACAGGAAAUUAAGGUAAGGGACUUGGACAACAGCCAAAGAAAAAUUGGCAAUCACUAUGAACAUAUGAAGAAAAAGUUUUUGCAUGACCAGCAGAGCAAGAUGAAUCGAUGGAAGAAGCAGUAUAGUCGAUACCAGAGAAUGUUGGAGAGGAUUGACCAGCGAGCCAUGCAAGAGUACCCCACAAACGUAGUGCAGAAUACCCAGGUGUCCUCCGUGCAAGUACAGAUAUCAGUCAUGAAGAAAAAAUAA